UAUUCGCCGACGACCGUUACCGGUUCUAAAAAUUAUGUCGUUAUGGGGGAUACGUUAAAACGCUUUAUUUCACUUAGACGCUUGUAAACACUGAAAUGGAAAGAGAAACUUACGUAAAGUUUUCCGUCUCUCGACUCAAAGACGAGUUAAAGAAAAAAGGAGCCACCACGAGAGGCAGAAAAGCCGACCUUAUAGACAGGUUUGUAGUUUCAUACCUCAUAGCCGUUAUUUUCGUUUGUAAUAUUUCAACAAAUUCGUAGCUCUGCACCCAUGCAGACGACGGAGGAUGUUUACGCCGGCAUGAUUAUGCCUAGAUAUUGUUUUGAUGCUCAGUGCGACAAUUCUUUUAUCAAAAUGCAUCAAAAUUCAAUAAAUUAAUGUGAUAUAAGUUAUAUUUAUGUCAUCAAUUAUACGUAAUAAUUAUAGUACUAUACGGACUGUUGUUAUUGUAAUACAUGAUACAAUGGCAUUCACUGACAUGUACUAGUACGUCUUGGUACCUAAUAUUUUUUUUAUGGGAAGUGGACAUUGUACAGUACUUUAUUGUAAGCUUAAGGCAUAUGAUAGAAAUAAAGAUUUCAAGAAUGACCCAAUUCAUAUACCUGAGCCUUUGGAAGUUGAUUGGCCAACGAGGGGAUUUCAACAGCUCCAGGAAUCACAUAAAGAAGAAAUCCCAGAGAUAUGCAUUGAACAGAUAGACAUGUAUUUUGUACAUAGAUUAGCAGGUGACAGACAAAGCACUGGUGAUGUCAAGGCUAUCGAGAAAGGAAGGCUGCUUGUUGAAAGUGAUAGAGUCUUGGCUGUGUCAUAUUUAAAGGAAGAUAAUUCCCUGUUCUUUACAGGCAUUGUUGGCGCAGCCAUGAAAACAAAGGUAACAUACAACUUCAAAUUAAAAUUUGACAAAAACUCGGGAGACAUCUUGAACAGCCAUUGUGAGUGUCCUGCAGGACGAGGUCCCCAUGGAACUUGCAAGCAUCUUGCUGCUGUUGCCAUAGUUUUACCCUCUUGUUCUGAAGGAAAAGGUUUGAGGAUUCAGAGAUCAUGCACAGAAAACCUGCAGACAUUUCAUAAACCCAAACAUUCAUACUCAGGUAAAAAUACAUGAAUAUUAUGUGAUGUUCCAUGAUGAACAGAAGCAAU